AACAAGCUCAUUAAUCCAGGCUCAGCUUGGUACAGCAAAAGAAGCAAGCAGCAGUCUCAUGGUGAAAACCCUGGAUUUGUAGCCUGUGAAGAGGAUGGAGAGGCACAUGGUGAGGGGACCACUACAUAAGCACUUUGAUUUGGAGAGGAAGAACGCCCAGCAGGCUGAAGCCAGACUCAGCCAAAGACUGAAGAGACUAGAGGAUAUCUGCCUGUAUCAUGUGAAGUGGCUGAGCAGGGAGCAGAGACAGCUCCAAAAAGAACUGCAGAAGUUGCAGCAAGAUAUCAUCAAGAAAAAGUUCUCCUCUUACUUUGGAAAUGAAAGUCAGAAGAGACCAGAAGAUGUUCUUAUGUUCUCAUCACAGGGAGGGCAGAAGCACAGAGUUCCACAGGCUAAUAAAGUUAGAGCACUGACAACAAAUACUACCCAGGAAAUAUACAAAACCAAGUCCCAGAUGCCUCCUUUCCAUCACAUUGGUCCCAAGGACCCCAUGAAAAGCCAAAAGCAGUUGCUAUCUCAAAAUAACGGUACCUCCCACUUCAUAGAAGAGAAACCACAAGCCCAUGAGAAAGAUUCUAUAAACCCACCAAAGAGCAAAGACUCCAACAAGGACAUCUCUCUUCUAUGUCAAGAUCAAAAAGUCUCCACACACACCCUAGAUCAAGGUCCUGGUUCCAGCCCAGCUGGUGAUAGCAGAAUGGCAUACGGCGAUGAGACCAGAUCAAAUGAUGCCAAUGUAAGGCCAGACCACACCACUGGGAAGCAAAUUCCCCUGAAUCCCAUGGAAUGUGGAGGAAACUUCAAAGGCGAUCCCAAAACAUCAACCUACUUAGAGUUGUUUGCAAAGGCCAGAAACGCUCACUACCUCCGGCACCGGGUCCCCCCUGAGUCUGAGAGAUUGCUUAGCAUUGGGGAGAUCUUUGGGCACAAGGAAUCCUCACAGUCCAGAACAGAAAAGGAGUAUGAAAACAGGGUGACCAUCUAAGUUACUUCCUCUCUAACCAUCUAAUAUACCUUCACAAUAACACAUGCCAUAAUCACUAAAUAAAAGUGUUU